AUGUCGGAUAGUUCUGACAGUUCCAGUUCCAGCGAAGCUGAGGCUGAAGAGGCAGAGCUUGCAGAGGCUUGUGGCUCCAGCUCGUCGGGCGAGGAGCCUGCGUCACCGAAACGCCGCGGACGUGUAGCUCUGUUCACUUGGUCCUGUCCACGUUGUUUUCCGCCAACUUUGGAUGACCGCAAGUCCCAGCACCGGCUCAUUCCCGAAGACAUCUCCAAGAAAGACCUGGGGGAGUUGCUUCUGAAAUACUUCCGGUUGCAUGGUCAGGAUGCUGCCCUCAAGGCGCUUAUCGUUGUCGACGAGCCCCACCGCAAGUUUAUGCCCGGCGGCGAAAUGCGUGCAAGACACAAGCACGUUAUCGUGCACAUGACGUCCCCCUUUGCGCACAAAAAAGUCCAAGACUGGCUUGCGGGCAAAAGUGUCAAAGGCUUCUUCAGCUUCAACUUGACAUUCGGCAUGAUUGGCAAUACUUUCCGUUUGUGUAUAGGCCCCCAGUGUUUGGCUGUGUGGACGUUGCCAAGGAAAGGUUUUGCAGCGUACUGCACGUACCUUUUCGAAGCGUCGCACAAGAAGUUAGUCAGUGACAUCGAUCAAGACCCUUGGAUUUGGCCAAGUUCUCUUACAAAGCAAAAGGUCAUCAGCAUGAUGAAGGCCAUGCCAAAAGAUCAACAAGCCAAGAACGGCCUAACCACCCAAUCCACGCGCAAGCGCAAAAUGCUCACAUUCUCUGAAGUCACCGACAUCAUAGUUGAGGAGCAGGUCCGAUCAGAGCCUCAGCUAUGGGCUGUCGCCAAGAAGAAGAAAAUGGAGGGUGAUGAUACCCUUUGGAAUUACCUUGGUGAGCAGCGGUGCAUUGUGAGUCUGUUGAGUAAAAUCAACAAGGCUUGGCAUCCCACUGAGACCGGCAGAACACUUAAGGGUGCGCCGAAGUACUCUUUGAUGCAUUUCCGUGUGCCGUCGGCAGUGCAGGAAUGGGUCUCGACGACCCACAAGUCCAAAGCUUUGAUUUUGAGCGGUCGCGGUGAGAUCGGAAAAACUUCCUUAGCCGCCGCUGCACUUGCUUCCAUUUGCGGCCACUACCAUUUUAUUUCCAGCCGAGAUCAAAUCAAAGGUCUCAUCUUCCUCAACAGUGAAGGCUUGCUCUGGGACGAAGCUUGCUUUGCAGAGCUAGAUGUUGACCUUUGCAAGGGUCUUGUGGAUUUGGAGCAUGAUCGCAGCAUCCGCUGUCGACAUGUGGAUGGAAUGAUUCCGGCAGGUACCCCGCGAGUGUAUGCAACCAAUCACUCGUGGGAAUCUUUCUGGCCUCGCCUAGACCAGGAGCACCGCCAUGCCAUCCAACGGCGUGUAGAAUGGGUGACUGUCGCAGAAGAUCUUCGUUUGCAGGGGCCCGAGGAGCCUCUAGAUGAUGAAGACGUUUUCGGCCACGGGGGCCAGCUUGACUGA